UUGCAUUGCAAUCCCCCUGCCUUCCUCUCCUUUCUCCCGAUCAAUGCAUAUUUGCAAAAGGAUUAAGCCACAGAUUUAAGCGCCGGGAGCCCAUUUCUGCCUUGCAAAGGAGACUGGACUGAAAAACCAAAAGCCAGCUCUGAUUUCUUUUCGCCAAGUGGGAAGGUGGUUUAUUUUUCUUGCUUUCUGGAGUCAACACCCUUCCCCACCAGCCCUUAUCCCCACCCUCACCCCUCAGCCCCUUCACGCCCCCCUCCCCCUCCCCGUUCCCCAUCCUCCAACCAUCCUCUAAAGAGGCAAAGGGAUUUUUUUUUUUUCUUUGGGUCUUCUUUUUUUGCCCCUUCCCUGUUUAUCCUGAAAAGGAUCUGAAGACAGCUUGAAGGAUAAAAAGCCUUGGUGCUUCCCAGGAGCCGAGCCGAGGAGCAGAAGAGGAAGAGCCGGGGGCUGCCGUAGCCUUUGGAGAUGGACGAGCAGCCCAGGCUGAUGCAUUCCCAUGCUGGGGUCGGGAUGGCCGGACACCCCGGCCUGUCCCAGCACUUGCAGGAUGGGGCCGGAGGGACCGAGGGGGAGGGCGGGAGGAAGCAGGACAUUGGAGACAUUUUACAGCAAAUUAUGACCAUCACAGACCAGAGUUUGGAUGAGGCGCAGGCCAGAAAACAUGCUUUAAACUGCCACAGAAUGAAGCCUGCCUUGUUUAAUGUGUUGUGUGAAAUCAAAGAAAAAACAGUUUUGAGUAUCCGGGGAGCCCAGGAGGAGGAGCCCACAGACCCGCAGCUGAUGCGACUGGACAACAUGCUGCUAGCGGAGGGCGUGGCGGGGCCCGAGAAGGGCGGAGGUUCGGCGGCGGCGGCGGCGGCAGCGGCGGCGUCGGGGGGCGCCGGCUCCGACAACUCAGUGGAGCAUUCCGAUUACAGAGCCAAACUCUCCCAGAUCAGACAAAUCUACCAUACGGAGCUGGAGAAAUACGAGCAGGCAUGCAACGAGUUUACCACGCAUGUGAUGAAUCUCCUGCGAGAGCAAAGCCGGACCAGGCCCAUCUCCCCGAAGGAGAUCGAGCGGAUGGUCAGCAUCAUCCACCGCAAGUUCAGCUCCAUCCAGAUGCAGCUCAAGCAGAGCACGUGUGAGGCUGUCAUGAUCCUGCGCUCCCGGUUUCUGGAUGCGCGGCGGAAGAGACGGAAUUUCAACAAGCAAGCGACGGAAAUCCUGAAUGAAUAUUUCUAUUCCCAUCUCAGCAACCCUUACCCCAGUGAGGAAGCCAAAGAGGAGUUAGCCAAGAAGUGUGGCAUCACAGUCUCCCAGGUAUCAAACUGGUUUGGAAAUAAGCGAAUCCGGUACAAGAAGAACAUAGGUUCUUCCAGUUCUUUUAACAUGUCAAACUCUGGAGAUUUGUUCAUGAGCGUGCAGUCACUCAAUGGGGAUUCUUACCAAGGGGCCCAGGUUGGAGCCAACGUGCAAUCACAGGUGGAUACCCUUCGCCAUGUUAUCAGCCAGACAGGAGGAUACAGUGACGGACUCGCAGCCAGUCAGAUGUACAGUCCGCAGGGCAUCAGUGCUAAUGGAGGUUGGCAGGAUGCUACUACCCCUUCAUCAGUGACCUCCCCUACAGAAGGCCCUGGCAGUGUUCACUCUGAUACCUCCAACUGAUCUCCCAGCAGUCGCAUCCCGGCUGACCCUGUGCCCCAGUUGGGGCAGGGGCAGGAGGGAGGGUUUCUCUCCCAACGCUGAAGCGGUCAGACUGGAGGUCGAAGCAAUCAGCAAACACAAUAAGAGUCUCCUUCUCUUCUCUUCUUUGGGAUGCUAUUUCAGCCAAUCUGGACACUUCUUUAUACUCUCUUCCCUUUUUUUUCUGGGUAGAAGCCACCUUUCCCUGCCUCCAGCUGUCAGCCUGGUUUCCACCACCUUCCCCACCCCUGUCCCUCUGUCCUAGACUCCCGGGGUCUCUGUCCUCUAUUACAUCACUGAAGGAUAUUUUCAACAAUUAGAGGAAUUCAAAGAGGAAAAACAAUUACAAAGAAAAUAAUAAAAGUGUUUGUAUGUUUUCA